AUGGCUGAAACAAACCAAACUUCAAUUUCAAAUCGUGUACCUGAAGAUUUUGUUGAAACUGUGAAUGAAAAUGCAGUGGAUAAUCCAAUUGUCAUACCAUCUGAAGAUGUCAUUGCUACACCACCAAAUGAUGUUGGUGCUACAGGUGUCCCCAUACAUGCUGCACAAAGAUACAUCGCUGAUAUCAAUGGAUUGAUUGAUACAAAAAGCAACCAUUUCACCAUAGUUGUCAAAGUGAUGACACUUUGGGAGGUUCCAGAAUUAUCCAAAAAAAACAAAGUCAAGUCUGUUGAGAUGUGCUUCAUCGAUGCUCAGGGAAGCCAAAUUCAAGCAACCAUUCCUGGAAGAAUUGUGAAAGAUUUUGCAAAUUCUUUCAAAGAAGGUUGUGUUAGGCGAUUAUCAAGAUUUGACAGUUGUCUCAAUAUUAGUGGGGGGUUCAGGUGUGCUAAGCACGAAUACAAAAUUGUGUUUAUGUCAAACACAAAUGUUGAAGCUGCAUUUGAUUUUGACAUCCCAGAUCAUGUGUUUGAAUUCACACCAUUGGCUGAAGUUACAAACUUUGUUGCCAACUUUGAUUAUUGUUUUGAUUUGAUAGGCCACAUCAUGGCAUACAGUGAUCCAAUUGUUGAAAAUGGAAAGAAGAGGAUUUCCGUGGAGCUUGAAGAUGAAAGGGCAGACAAGCUAAAGGUUACUUUAUGGGGUGAACAUGCUGAUCAAGUCACUAAAUACAUGUCUAACAAUCCUCCGUCUCCUGUGGUUCUCAUUGUUCAGUAUGUUAAAUGCAAAAAAUACUACUCAAAAGCUUCUGUUACUACUAAUCUUUUCAAUGGGAAGAUAUAUCUUGAUGAUAUGUCAAUACCCGACAUAUCAGAGUACAAAGACAGAAGUAGUGCCAAUGAAAUGAAAGCUGGAAGUAUCCAAAAAAUUUCAAUGCUUUCAUACGGAUCUGGAUACACAUCUUAUGAAGAAUUUAUUAAUGGAGCAAAACUUUUGUCAUUGGGUGACACAGAUGAUCUUGAUGAGGCAGGGUAUGUUGUGAUUUUUGGUAAGAUCACAGGCUUAGCAAAAGAGUAUGAAUGGUCAUACAUUGGUUGCAGAGAUUGCAACAAAAAUGUGGAGGAAAUUGAAAACAACAAAGGUACCCGUAUUGUACCAUCAGUAAAAGGAAGAAAUACCAUUGACAACAAGAAAUUUGGUCUUGAGAAGAAAUGGUUUUGUGGUAAUCAUGGCCCUGUGUCUGCUGUUGGUCCAAAGGUUCUACCAACCACUUUAAGGUUGCCUGAGCCAACCUCUCUCAUUAUAGACCAGGAUGAUGACGUCGAAGAGGAGAUGGAAAAUGUCCAUUAUGAUGUUCAUACGCAAAGUCAAGAAGAACAAGACGAUAUUGGUAUUACAUUGAUUGAUGGUAAGAUGGAUUUAGACAAGAAUAGAUCUUUACUUGAAGUUGAGCUGCGGAAUAUGUCUUUGGUUCCGCAACUGGAUCCCAUUCGAUCUAAUGAUGAUUCAUCUGUGAAUGAAAUCGAUAAUACUAAGGCGGUUCAUGACGAGAGAGAGUUAUGGUCUGAUGGAGAGGUUCAUGAUGAUCACAUUGUUGAAAACGACCAAGGCGAGCGCACUGUCACCAAGAAGCGGGGGCGCAAGUUGAAGGAAGAACGUGCUAAACAAUCAGAGGGUGUCGAAUUAAGGCGCUUCCUUCGAUAUCAGUGGGUUUCAAUCUCUCUAAAGUAUCCAAUGAUCAGUGUCGUUUUUUGGAAUAUUCGGGGAAUAAAGAGUUAG